AUGUCGGUCUCAUUCAACCCCGCUCGAGACAUUCCAGAUCUGUCUGGAAAGGUCAUCGUUGUCACUGGAGGAAACGCCGGUCUGGGAGCAGAAACAAUCCGCGAACUAGCAAAACAUAACCCAAAGUGCAUUUACCUCUGCGCUCGCACGCCGUCCAAAGCAGAAGCCUUCAUCUCAGAGAUCAAGACUUCGACGCCAUCGGCCAACAUCAAGCCUAUCCACUUCGACCUCGCCUCCCUCCAGAGCGCCAAGACCGCCGCGAAUGAAAUCUUCAGCUCUACCACCCGUCUCGACCUCCUCUACCUCAACGCAGGAGUCUCAGCCGCAGCACCAGACCUCACAAAAGAAGGCUACGAAUGGCACAUGGGCGUCAACCACCUCGCACACGCCAUGUUCGCCCAGAUCCUGAUGCCACUACUGCAGAAGACCGCCUCAACCGAACCCAACAGCGACGUCCGCAUCAUCACCGUCGCCUCCGAAGCCGCCAAAGUCUUCGCCCCAAAAGAAGGCAUCAUCUUCCCCCAGCUCAAAACCGACAUGUCCUCUUCCACCGGCAUCGCCCGCUACGGCCAGUCCAAACUCGCCAAUAUCCUCUUCGCAAAGAAACUCGCCCAGCUCUACCCAGAUAUCAAAAGCAUCCCGAUCCAUCCCGGGCUCGUCAAUACGGAGAACUACAGCAAGGGCACCGGAGCGGGGUGGUUCAAGCUGAUCUGGAAGCCGUUGUUGAUGUUCACGGGUCUGACGGCGGAGGAUGGGGCGAAGACGCAGUUGUGGGCGGGGACGGCGGGGGAGGCGAAGACGGGGGUUUUCUAUAUUCCUGUGGGGAAGGAGGAUGCUGGGGGGAAGUUUGGUGGGGAUCAGGGAUUGAUCUAUGAGUUGUGGAGGUGGACGGAGGGGGAGCUUAAGGCGAAUGGUGGUGUGGGCUGGCCGUAG